UUCGACUUCAUGGCGGUCAAGUUUGCCCAAGACGGCACGGAGCAGUGGAGGCUACAGGCGGGGACGCCCGAGACGGACACGUUUCAUGACGCCGCGGCCGCCUCGGGUUCUCCGAGCACGGUCGCCACCAUGGCGGCGACAGGCACGUCGGCGGCCGGCGACGAGUCGACCGCGAUCGUCCUCGCGGGAUUCACGAAGGGAGGCUGGAACGGGGCAGCGAGCGCCGGCGGCAGUGACUUCGUGGCGGUCAGCUUGGCGUCUGGCGACGGGAGCCGAUUGUGGAGCUGGCAGGACGGGACCGAAGAAGACGACGUCCUGGUCGGCCUCGUCGAGCGCGGAGGGGGCUCCGCCGUUGUGCUGGCGGGACGAACGGGGGGGGACUGGGCGGACGCGAACGCCGGCGAAGGCACCGACUUCGCCGCAGUGAAGCUCGAAGCUGGUGACGGGAGCGAGAUUUGGCGGUUUCAGGACGGAUCGAGCGGAGACGACACCCUCAAGAGCGUCGCUGCGGCGGAGGACGACACGGUCGUGCUGGCGGGGUAUACGGACGGGAGCCUGGGCGGCGUUAACGCCGGCGAAACGGACUGCACCGUCGUCAAGCUCGACGCCGACGGAGGGGUGCUUUGGAGAUGGCAGGGAGGCACGGCCGAGUCCGACGUCUGUUCCGCGACGGUGGUGGCAGAGGACGGGUCCAUCGUCCUCGCGGGAUAUACCGUGGGGAGCUGGGACGGGAGCGAGGCCAACGCCGGGGAGGAAGACUUGGUCGUGGUUAAGCUCGACAAGGACGGAAACGAGCUCUGGCACUGGCAGGAGGGGACUUCUCUAAAGGACAGGCUCUUCGCCGCGGCCCUUUGCGAAGACGGCGGCUUCGUGCUGGCGGGCUACUCCGAGGGCGACUGGGCGGCCGCCGAUGCCGGCGCCGGCGGCUCCGACCUGAUCGCCGUCAAGCUUUCCCCGGAAGGGGAAGUCCUAUGGCGAUGGCAGGACGGCAACGCCGGCAGCGACUGGGUGACGGCCGCCACCUCGAUCGGUAGCGGCGGUUCGAUCGUCCUCGCCGGCACCUCUGAAGCGACGUGGCAGGACUCGGCAACAACAACAGGGGACGACACGACCGGACUGACGACGGAAGACUUCGUCGCGAUAUCGCUGGACGGUGGGGGUAGCGCCCCCACCCCGGCCCCCACCAGUAUUGCCUACGGCAGCGCGAGCGGCAGCGGCGGGGGGAGUGGCGGCGGCGGCGGCGGCGGCGGCGGCGCCAGCAGCAGCGCCAGCGCCAGCGCCAGCGCCAGCACCAGCGCCAGCGGGGUGUCCGGCGCAGGCAGCGGCAGCAGCAGCGGCGGUGGGGGCGGCGACGGUGGCGGCGGCGUGACGAGUUCUCUCAGUGUCAACAGCAACGAGGGCGGGAGCGGGGAAUCCUCGUCCUCACCGGCGGACGAAUCAACCGUGCCGUAUGUCGGAGAUUCUUCUUCAUCUGGGAGGAGCAGCAGCUUUGACACCGCCGCCGACCGCGAGAUCACCACCGACGACUCGGGAGCCACGGCCACCACCCCCGCCCCGGUGCCGGUAGCGCCGUCCCCGUCUCCGCUGCCGCCCUCCCACGCUCCGUUCUGGAUUGCGGCGUCACCGGUGGCCGAGGUCGACGUCGAUGGCACCCGUGCACCUGUCCCCGCCCUACCCCCCACCACUCCCGACAAUGUCGCCGGCUUGACGAGCGGGAGCUCGUCCGUGAUGGCGAUUUCUUCGCCGUUCUCUUCUCCGGUCCUCGGGGGUGGGGCAGGGGGCAGUCACGGAGCUCCCCUCUUCUUCGGUUUGGCGGUGGCGGUGCAUUUGGCGCGCCGGGUGUCGGCGUCUCUGUUUUUCUAAGCCGCGUUAUUGUCGAACGGAAGUUGUCA